CAAUAACAACUUUCUUCAAGGUCGUCAUCAAGAUAAUUAUCAUCAACAGCAACCACGCAAUAAGCAUGUCAUCAGCUUCCAUAAGAGACUGGCUGAGAAAUAUACCUGAUCAUUAUAUUUCCAAGGAUCUUGAUAUUGAGCGCCCAUCUAAGCGCCCGCGACAUCAGCAUCCUGUAACGCCAGACCCUUCAGAAGAUUGCUUCUUCGCCGAAAUGCCCCCAGCGCAACAGUCUCCAACAAAGCGGCAAAACCUACAGAUAAGCAGUGAUGAGAACCUGGAUAUUGACACAACUCCAAGGCCGAAACGCUCCAGGCCUUUGCGGUCCGAGUCUGAACACUCAUUAUCGUCACAUCUCUCCUAUCAUUCGAGCCAAGUGUCUGGCCAGAGCUCCCCGCGAAAGCAACUGCAGAGCCUCAAGCUUGAUGCGCGGGGUAUUGAAUUUAAGGAUCUUGUACUGUUUGAUAAUAAGCCUGGCAAGCUUGAGGAUCUUCUUGAGGCCAUUGACCUUGUCAUGGAGGGAAAGGGUAUUGCGUCAACUUUGCAACAAGAUGCAUUGAUAUCUGCAUCAAGAUCAUUAAAAGACUUCAGAUGGGCUGCUAGAGGGAGUGACUACUUCUCUGCAGACCGAGACAUCAUUGGACAUACACCCUCUCCAGAAGAUGUCAGCAGAGUUCUGGCAGCGGCGGCAGAGUGCAGCUCAAACUCUCACCACGAAGUAAACUGGAACAUGGAAGUUCAUCAGCCUCUGUUAUCACUGGCCUUCCGCUCCCCCGAUCAAGCUCCAUAUUCGCAUUUAGUCAACUUCAUGGGCACCACGCAAGCCUGUCUCAUACCAGAUUACACCAACUCUUCUGUCUCUAAAAAGGUUGACUUCAGCAUUUAUAUCGAGCCUGGGAACGACUUGGAACGGUCAAGACAAGAGUCAGUCCAAGACGUCAUUUCUCACUGUCAAAGGGAUCUUCCUGAAUCCGUCUUCAAUUUCACCGACGCCACGCCCCUGGCCCAUCGCCCCAUCGCUUUCAGCAUUGAGACUAAGAAGCCCAGUGCCGGGUUCGACGGGGCGAAACUGCAACUUGGCAUUUGGCAGAAUGCCCACUGGACGUUCCUCCGCCAUCUUGCUCAGAUCGCAGGUGAGAGGUGCACAGCGGCAGAAAAGACCGCAGCUGUAGGGUCUGAGACAGUCACGAGUACUGGGGAUGAAUCGACAGCGCAGAAGGCUUUUGACCUGCCGACUUUUAUUCCUGGCAUCAUCAUCCAGGGUCACUUUUGGCACCUGAUUAUUACCACGCCGCAAGAUCGAAAGAUAAUGGUCUGGCAAAGCAUAGGCAUUGGGAAUACGCAGAGUACAAAGGGGAUAUAUCAGAUUGUGUGCAUAUUACAUCUCUUGAGGCAAUGGGUCAAGGUGACUUACUGGCCGCUUGUUUGGGAGAUGGUUCGUGCAGGAUGGCCUAGGGAAUAGAUAGAGGAUAUCGCUGAACAAAUACAAUAUACAGUAGAGGC